CGCUGUCAGUUUGGUUAUUUUUAAUGGCGAAAGUUUAUAUGGUAUGCCGAUACAUACGUGAUGACUCAUGAGCCAACUAGCCAAUGGUAAGAGAGAACGAAAUUGCUGGGAAGCUCGUGUAAAGAGGCGAUUAGGUUAACCACAGCAAGUCCCGCCGCCCUUGGCAAGAAAUUCGGUCGCCUGCUGCUGAUCCCCCCAAAUGGACACGGCAAACAUGUGCACCGUGGAGAGGCGCGGCCGCGUCCACCUCAUCACCCUCACCGGCGCCGGCGAGCACCGCCUCAGCCCAGCCCUCAUCUCCGCCAUCCGCGCCGCCGUGGCCGCCUGCCCCGGCGCCGGCGCCCUCGUCCUGGCCGCCGAGGGCAAGUACUUCUCCAACGGCUUCGACCAGGCCUGGGCGCGCACGGUCCCGCCCCACCUCCACACCACCAUGAGCGAGGGCUUCCGGGGCCUCGUCGCCGACCUGCUCGCGCUCCCCAUGCCCACCGUGGCCGCCGUCACGGGCCACGCCGCCGCCGCCGGCUGCGCGCUGGCCCUCGCGCACGACUCCGUCGUCAUGCGCGCCUCCCGCGGGUUCCUGUACAUGAGCGAGGUCGACGCCGGCAUCAAGAUCGUCGACUACUUCGGGGAGCUGCUCCGGCAGAAGGUCCCCGACGCCGCGACCAGGCGGGACAUGCUCCUCAGGGGGGACAAGAUGACGGCCGCGGAGGCGGUGCGGCGGGGCGUGGUGGACGCGGCCGCGGACGGCGGCGUCGAGGACGUGGUGGCCGCGGCCGUCGCGGCGGCCGAGGGGCUCGCGGCGAGGGGGUGGGACGGGGAGGUCGUGGCCGAGAUCAGGAAGGCCAUGUGGCCCGCCGUGUGGGGCAAGGUCAAGGACUACGGCGCCGACGCGGUGGCGGCGCGGCCGCGGCUGUAGGCUCCUCUGCUUCUGAAGGAUUGCUCUGAAUCUGCAGCAUGUCGUAGACAUCUAGGAGCUGAAUAAUCGAGUGGAAUUGCCUUGUGAUGAACUGCGAUCCGGCGUUGUGCUGGUAGUUUUCCUUGUGUGAUUUAUUGAUCUCGCUUCUGGUUUCAUUUCAUGAGACCGACCGAAGCUUCUUGCUGAUAGAUUUAGCUUGUGAAGCAUGAACAUGGGCACUCACACAACCAGUUCUUUCUUA